CUGAAGGUGUUCUUUGUCAUGAUCCUUCCAUCUAGAGCUGAUGGAAUGUUCAGCAGGUAUAAAUGCAGAUCUUAGACAAAGCAGUAGACUAGAAGGACCUGGCAGAGAGAGAGAUAAGAAGCUUUUCACACACAUCUCAAGAUAGCACUGUGGGAAACACUGGUUGACCUGACAGAAUGUUCUCAAUCCUGGUUGUCACAGUGUUCUUGGCUAGCUGCUUGGCAAUGCCCAUCAAAGACCCGUACUCGUAUUCCUCUGCGGUGGGUCAGGGAGGUGGGACCCCAUUUGCUUCCUACGGUGAGGGACGCAUCACAGGAGUCAGAGUGUGGGAGACCAACAACAACUACUACUACUACUACUACUACAACAGCAACAGCAACGCCUACAUCAGCGGGUUCCAGCUGAGAUACGGCUCCACCUGGUCUCCUGUGUUCGGUGGUGAAGGGGGUGAAAAGCAGGAGAUGGAGCUGUUUAAUGAAGAGGCCAUCGUUGAGGUGUCUGGGAAGUACAACCCAGCAGACUACAUCUGCUACCUGGUGUUAACCACCAACAUGGGGCGCACUCUGUCAGCCGGCCAGCCUAGCCAAGUCUCCUUCAACUUCUACCCAGCCAACAUGGGCAAUGAGCUGAGGCUGCUCAGCGGUCGCUUCAACGGUGCCGGGAUCACCUCCAUCGGAGCCCACUGGGGAUUGGUGUACAUGGAAGGGGCUGGAAACAGUACUCUGGAAACAGCACUGGAAACAGUAACUCCUAUUAUUUGAAGAAAAUAAAAAAGUAUGUCUUGCUCUUUGGGAUGGUAUCCCAGAUACAGAUUAAGCCUAGUCCUGGACUAGUUACUUUCAAUGGAGAUUCUCCAUUCAACAUGCUUUUUAGUCCAGGAGUAACUUAAUCUGGGUCCAGGAAACUGACCCUAUAUGUUUUAGACGGAUGUUUGACAUAGACGCUGACAGAACUAUUUGGUGAUCCCUCACUUGAAGCAAUACAAUAAAAUAUUCAAAACAUUCAAAUUCA